AGCUGCUGGCGUCGGUUCUAAAGCUAGUUUGCGGUGUCGUGUGAUGAAGUGUUCGAUGGGAACUUGAAAAACUUCGUUGUCGAACAUGAGAAUUGUAUCAGGAGUUUCCACUCCAGACAAAUUGCCUCCGAGAUUUCGAGACAAUGAACCACAAUGUGUUUUUGCUAGAAUAAAUGAUACGACAUCUUUAUCUGCCGAAAUAGUUGAACUAACACCCGAAACUAUUAUUACUUGGUGUAAGGAUGGGGCGACCAUCUCCAGCGAUCAGGGUCUUCAUCAAGUGGUCCACAGUGGCAACACUGUCCAGUUAGUUUUGAACCGUGUCCGAAAAGAUGACGCUGGUAUUUACACUGUGGAAGCACGAUCUCCUUAUGGACACGCGACAAGAGAUAUAGAAUUGCGUGUCAGAGACGCUGAUGGGGGAGAAAGUGGAGCUGGGGAUGAUGGACCGCCCGCCUUCUUACGCCGACUGAACGAUCUCGCUGCCAAAGUUGGAACGAGAACGAGAUUUCUGGUCGAAAUUCGAAGUUCCUCGGAACUGUCGAUCGACUGGUUUCACAACGACCUCCUUCUAGUUGAAGGAGAUAGAUUGCAAUUCGUAAACGAAGGAGGAUUCCACUGCGUAGACGUGGCUCCGGUGACAGCCCAAGAUGCUGGCGAAUGGAACUGCAUCGCGUCCAAUAUGUUUGGGCAAUCAUCGAGCUCAUGUCACCUUAACGUCCUCAUACCAAAAGCCUAUAAAGCACCCGUAUUCCUGGAAGAAUUACGAGCAAUAUUAACCGAACAUGGCAUUGUAUCUCUGGAGUGUAAAGUUAUUGGAGUCCCCACACCAUUACUUCGUUGGUUUAAAGACGGAAAGGAAAUUAAAGCAGGAGACGUCUUCGCACUGACAGCUAACCCAGAUGACCCGACAUCUCUGGGAACGUACACAUGUGAAGCGGUUAACUGUAUGGGAAAAGCAUAUUCCUGUUCAAAAGUGCAUGUAGUUGGAAGAGGAAGCAGGGAAGGUUCACUCAAACCAGCUGAAAGUCAAACUUCCAGUGGAAUUCCUCCAAUAUUUACUCGAAAUCUACAAGGAGAUUCAGUUCAUAUAGGGGACUCGUUUAUUUUAUCCUGUCAACUUAAGGCCCCACCUUGGCCUAAGAACGUGUCCUGGUACAAUUCUGAAGGUCGCAUUGAUGACGAAGAUGAAUUUACUAGAACUAAAUACCACUUGAUGUCCGAUGGACUUGGGGGAUACGCGAUCGAAGUUAAGUCAUCCGAAGCCUGCGAUCAAGGCGAAUGGAAGUGUGUAGCAACAAGUGAAGAUGGUGCUGUUUCCAUUUCCACAUGUGAAGUUAAAAUGAACAUUCCAAAACAUUUUCGAAAACCGCGAUUUAUGGAUAGUUUGAAAGCUGUUUUAACAGAAGAGGGAUUGGUGUCUUUUGAGUGUAAAGUCGUUGGUUCUCCUACGCCCCAAUUGCGAUGGUUUAAGGAUGGCCAAGAGCUUAAACCCGGUGACGUUUACCAACUUACAGGAACGAACUCAUUGGGAGCUUAUUGCUGCAUAGCAAGAAAUUGUAUGGGCGAAGCAAGAAGCACAGCUGAGCUAACUGUCGAAGAUAUUGAAAAUCAACUAAAUGAAGACGAAAGAUUACAACUGCUUACAAGAAGUCAAGCCCCAAAAUUUUUGCGAGGACUUAAAAGCUGCGAAGCCAAAAUUAACGAUGGUUUUAGGUUCACAAUAGAAGUGAGCAGAGAACCAUUGGCCUCGUUGUCUUGGUAUAGAGACGACCAACUUGUGGAUAGUGAACCAGAUCGUUACAUUGUAACGCGAGAAUCGUCGGGAGUUUGCCAUUUGGACGUACUGCGAUUGGAGUUCAUGGAUCAGGCAGAAUGGAAAUGCGUUGCAGUAAACGAUUUCGGCCAUUCCGUAACGUCUUGCUUCUUGAAAUUGUUAAUACCGAAACACUUCAGAAAACCAAAGUUUUUGGAAUGCCUCCGAGCAGUAUUGUCAGAAGAAGGAGCCGUGAAUCUAGAAUGUAAAGUUAUUGGUGUACCACAACCAGUUUUGAAAUGGUAUAAAGAUGGGAAGGAACUUAAACCUGGAGAUAUUCAUAGAAUUACAUCAGGAGAAGAUGGAACAUGCUGCCUUGGUACAUACACAUGCGAAGCAAGAAACUGUAUGGGCACCGUGGCCAGUUCGGCUUCUUUACUUGGAUUCGAAGACCAGACUGCUUUAAAAGAUCAAAGACCGGAAUUGGUUCGAGAACCAUCACUUUCGACGAUUCAUGAAGAAAGAACUUCACAACUUUAUGACACGCCCCAAGGCGACAUGUCGCUGACAAUUGACGACAGAGAAGUCUCCUUCUCGUUCGAUGGAAAAGAAGUCUCAGUUUCAUUAUACGAAACUCCUGAUCUCACACAAGAGGAAGCACUGCAGAUUGUGGAAAUGUAUGCAGAGCAACUUUCUGAACACGUAACAGAACAUAGCAUCAUUGAACUUCCACCGAUGAGAUUUGUCAAAGAGUCUUCACAUUCCGGAAAUCUAUUGGUAGAAGCGGUUAUAAUAGACGUGGAAGAAGAACAUUUUGCUACUCUCGAUGAAGAUUUGAGAACAGAAGCGGACGUGGAUGAAAUAUUUUCGGUUACAGACGAUAAUGGUCACGUAUUUUCUCCUGAAGAGAGUAAAAUGACCUCGGAGAAAUUAGAAAUUGAAUUCAGGCGACACACACCCGGAGAAACGCCCAGAAGACCUCCCAGAAAGAAGUCUGACUCUACUAGAAGCACAUAUUACAGUCUAUCAGAAAAUACUGAAAACACAGAACAAGCGGAGGGUAGUUUAGCGGGGGCUGCUGACCUAGACAGCGAAUCUUACGGGGACUUUGAAAGCGCGCGAAGUUCUGAUCUUAUUAGCGAACACGAAAAAGCUUUCCAAGUUGCCGCGAUUACAGAAACUACCAGUUUUCAAGGAGAAAAAGAACGGGAGCCGAUAUCGCCACAGACAGCACACGAAAUCGGUUCUGAUUUGAGAGUUAACAAGUUAGACGAAGACGUGAACAGGCCACGAAGGAAAAGAAGAUUCGGAAGACAAUCUUCACAAAGUUCUGAUUCAUCAGCCAGUAGUUUAAGAAGAAUAGAAGAAAGGGUAGAAAUCCAACUUCCUAGAGAUAUUUUAGGAGAAGAAGAAGAUGGUUUGAAAGUUCCUCAAACUACAACUGUAGAAGAUAAACAGCAUCUACGCGAGAAAGAGGUGGAAUUAGCGAAUCGACUGCAAGAGAAGUUGAACGAAAUAGAACAAAAAUUAUACGAAGCUGAAGAAAAGUUAUUUGUACAGUCUGCCUUAAAAUCCUCAUCAGCAGCGGCCAAUAGGAGCUCAGAGCUAUUAAAGAAUAUCCUCCAAGCCGUUCUCGAUAUCAAAACAUGCUCGUCCACAUUAUACCAAGAAGGCAACCAGAGAGAUCAACUGUCAAUGGUAGAGCUUGUGGCGCCUCCAAUAUUCGAACUUCAAAAGAGUUUGGCAAUAAUCGAAAAGUGUAUGGAGAUAAAGGGCAAAGAGCAUACCUUAAUACAUAGAACUUGUUACAACGUUUUGGAUAUGGCAGGUGAACCUAUCCAAAAUGCAUUGCACUUGAUAGAGCGCAUGUCGCUGUUAGAAAAGAAACAAGUACUAAGCGACAGUAAGAACGUUGCCGAAAGGGCCUCCUCGUUUAAAUUGAUCGAAGAGGUUAUAACUACCCUGCAGGAAAUGAGAAACAGUGUCGGAAAAUCAAGGUCCGCAAUGAAGGACAAAGCACCCAAAACCCUGGACGAGGAUAUUUCUGCAGAGAGAAAAGGCAGCGAAGCUUUAGAAGAAGAGGCACCCAUUUCUUUAUCCGAAACCAAAUCGACUGUUGAUGUACUAGACAAAACUUAUCAACAAGCUUACAAACUCUACAAUAGCAUAAAGACUGUGGAAGAGGAAUUAGCUGCAGCUGAACAAGCAGAACAGAAACCAAUUUUAAAAGAAUUCGUACUGACUCAAUUAGCGGAACCUAUUGAGUUACUGGAACGUGAAGUUCAAGUAGUGAAAAAUUGGGAAGCAAGAUAUUCUGGCAUAAGGACGUCAGUUACCCAAGAACACUGUUCAGCAUUAUUAGAGCAAAUAAGUGGACCUUUGGAAGAGAUUUCUAAAACUAUAAACACUAUAAAGGGUUCUUCUAAAGAAGAAUUGCAGUUUUCAAGCGUCUCCAGGGCUCUUCUCGAAUCAUUAUCAAGAGCAUCAGAAGAAAUAAUUACAUCAAUAUGUACAAUGCAACAAUCCGUUCAGUCAAUUGAUGUGGAAGACGAAUCGGAAAAUUUAUCCGAAAAAGUUGUUCAAGACGUUUUCGACCAUGUAGCCCAAAUAGUAACGCAAAACGUCAGUCAUUCUGUGAGUGAUCUUCUUGUAAACAUAGAAAAUGCAGAAUGCACAGUAAACAGCACAGUGGUAUUGGAAGGGUUACGACAAUUGGCCAGUUUACAAAAAGAUUUUGCUUCUCUAAUUGAAAAGACAAGCGGUUUAAAAACUGAGAACACAGUAAAGACUUUGGAAAACCUGUCUCACUCUCUCGACAUUCUUAACAACACAAUAACAGAUAUAACUCGGGAUUCCGGAUCGGAAGUGUUCGACGACAUCGUGGCAGCUCUGAGCAUUAUUGAAGAAAACAUACCAACAGAAAUGCCAGAAAAUCGCGACGAAAAUAAAAUAUUUUCAACACUAAACAAACGUAUAAAGAAAAUUAAAGACAAUAUUUGUCAAUUAGACGUUUCAUUCAACGUUGCUAGUGGACUUAGUCAAAUUGUGGAGACACAGGAGGAGACCCAAGCUCCUGGAGAAUCUACCGCAGAAGAAGAUCAGUACCGCGCCGUCAGACGAACCUCUUUGCAUGACAUCAAUCAACGGAUAGAAAAAAUACAAAAACUUCCAAUCAUCGAAAUGAUUUCGAAAACAGAAACAAUUGAAAAUAUUCAAUACGCUAAAGCGUUGGUUCAACCAGUUAUUGAACUAGAGAAAAGUUUAGUUGUGUUAAAUCAAGACAGUUUCGAUGAAACUGUCGGAAGAAUCAGUCCCGAAUUAUUCCAGGAAGCAACUGAGGUGAUCCAGUGCGUCGAAAAAUUAAAGGAUACCAGUUUAUUCCAACAAACCGAAGAGCCGAUUAUAACAGUCGAAAACAUACUCGAAAUACGUAAUUUAUCUGCUUCGUUACAAAAACUAAAUAUGGAAAUAGCAAACGUAAGAAAACUGAACGAAGAACGGGACAGUAUUUUCAAUACUGUGGCCGAAAUUUUACGGGAAAUUAAACAUAAUUCCCUUCAACGUCCAGAUCUUCAAGAGGUCGUGGACAACGCUAUAGAAAUCGUCAACUUGGAGCGUCACAACUAUGACAUCAAAAACAUUUCAGAACUAAAAACUAUAAUAAGUCCUCUAAACACAUUAAAAGCUUUUAUUUCAAGUGAUAUUAUAAAAUCAUCCCCUAACAGUGUUGCAAUACAAGUAAUGUCUUUUCUACGAUGCGUAACCGCGGUUAAAAAUCCAUCGUUAAAACAUAUUACGUUAUCUCUGAAAUACAUAGGCGACAAAUUAAUAAAAAUUUUGGAAGAAACUCAGCAGAAAUCCACCGAAGAUGAUUUCAAAUUUAUAAUGCUCAACGCUUUACAAAAUUUAAACGAGGUUCUCCGAAAUGUCGAACUACAAGCGAAAGUGAAAACACUGAUACACGUUGUAAACAAUUUAGAUUCCGCUAUUGUUCAUCACAUUAACGAGGCGGUCAAUAUAAACCGAUUUAUAUUCAUGAUGGGAAAAUUAGCUUUAGCUGUUCAACAAAUUAACCAACCAGGUAAUGAAAUUCUGAUUCACGAAAUAAAAGGAAUAUUGAACGAACUAAGAAUUUGCAUAACAAACAUGAACAAGCAAAAUGCAUUUUACGUUACUUUAGACGAAUUAAUUAAAGGAUUCGAAGGAAUUUACACUAAGAAGAGUGAAAUAGUGUCAUUAGAAAAACACGUUCUAAUGUUUAUUAACAGUUUGCAAACGUUUUGUGAAACGACGUAUGUUGAAUCGUCUUCGAAACGUCAACUUAACACUGCGUGUAAAAACUUACUUUCAAUUUUGUUGAAUGAGUUAAAACAACUUCCGGAUUUAGAAAGGAAGCUAAUAGGAAACGAAUACGUUAUCGAUAAAUUCGUCGAUUUGUUACUGUGUUUUAAGCUGUAUCUGGAAGACGAUACCGUUUCAUGUGAAGAACUGCGAAACAAACUUCUGGAAUGUUCUCAGAAAGUUCCGUUACAAUUUGAACCGAUUACCAACUUUAUAAACAAUCUAACUCACGCAGCAAACAGUAUUGCAGAUGCAGAAAGCGAGAAAACUAUCAUACUACUUUCGGUGGCCGACACAAUACAAUUGUUAUGCGAAAAUAUUGACAAAAUUGAUUUCCCAGAUAUGAACAAAAAUUUGAACAAAACGUUUCAAACAUCGCUACAUCAGUUGCAGACUGCAAUACAGAAUCUUAUACUAGUUGAUCUAACGACAACAGAUGUUCAUAUUGUUGAAGAAAUAAGACUUAUUUUCAAAAAUUUAAACGAAGCUAUAUUGGAAUGCUUAUCGAAAAUAGAAGAAGAAACUGACGAAUCUUCUACUGCAGAUUUGGAAACUAUUUCUAAAACAGUUUCCAAAUUACGACCUUUAAACGCAGCUGUUGAAAAUAAUCUAAAUCUGUCUUCUAUAUCUCCACCUUUGAAGCUCACAUUACAUGAAGUUCCGAACAUAACAAAACAGAUCGAGCUUCUACAAUCGUUUAAAGUAAGGACAAUAGUUUUCGAAGCGAACAUCGUUGAGCCAAUGGAAGAAAUUAGAAAGGUCCUCAAGUAUGGUGACGACCAACUCAAGGCAGAAGUAAAAGACGUUCUAAGCGUUGUGGAAGGAAACGUCCAGUACUUUAAAGAAAACUUUCAAAACUUAUCAGAAGACGAAAUUAAGAUAGUAAAUUUGCUGCAGCAAGGUUUGGGUAAUUUGCAAAAGUCGUUGAGCGAACCAUCAUUGUUGAUAUGCCAAAACAAUAUAUUAAUUUUAAAACAACUGGAAACAUUAUGCUAUGGGAAAUCGCAUUUGGAAAAGGUUUCAUGCUUGUUCCAAAGUCUUAUUAAGUUGAUCGACGGAUCUGCUAUAGAAAAGACUAUUAUAGAACAGCAAAUACAGCAAGAGCAAGUAGAAACUCCUACAGCAACGGAAGCAGUAGAGGAAUCCUUAAAAUCCACAGAAGCUGGAAUUGUGUCACAGUCUGAAUUGGCAAAAGAAAUUCCCGUACAUCUGAGUGAAAAUGUUGAAUCGUUACUACGAAGUAUUCCUAGACUACAAAUGUUUGUGACGAGCAAAGCAAAAUCAGCAGCACUGUCAGAAAUUUCCAAACACAUAUCCAUUAUUUAUCCGCUAAUAGUUGACGUGGACAUAAAUAAAAUCACAAAGGUAGAAAGCGCUGUAGUAACAGAAUUGGAAAGAGCAAUAGAACAAACACUCGAAGCAAUCAGUAUGGUUAAUAACUCUGAAAGUUUACGUCUGCUACACUUUAAAGAAACAUUGCAGAGCUUUGAAAUUAUUAAAAAUUCGUUAGGAGAAAAUAAAAUAAAGGAAAUUGUUAAUGAAUUUUUAGAAAUUCAUCGCCUAUUAGAUGUAAUAGGUGAAGCAACCGAAAGUCAACAAGAAACCGUUGAAGAGUCGGAUUCGCCGAGGAAAGAUAGUAAAAUGCCGAAAGGGCAAAAGACAGAAGAAUGUAUACAAAAUGAGGAAAUAAUUGAGACGAUGGAAGUGAACAAGGAAGUUGAAAUUCAUAAAGAAGAGACACCGGGGAUCUUUAGGGUUCAAGUAUCUACUACAGAAACUGUUGUUGAAAAGAGACAAGUGCAAAGUCAAGAAAUUGUGAGAGAAUUUGAAGAAACAUUUAAACAAGACACUCGAGAAGCAGAAGUACAAACAGAAAAAGAAGCAGCUGAAGUCCAUACAAUAAUUAAAACUGAACAAUCAGGACCAUUAGCAAAAGAAAUACAGAUAGUCGACGUUAGUACAAGCACACAAACACCAAUAGUGGUUGAAAAAGAGGAAGCACAAUACAUUAAUAUUGUUUCAAGCGAUGUAAAAGUGGAUAAUAUCAAUAGAUCACUACAAACGUGUGAAAUUACAGAAAUCACAGAUUAUGACGAACCUAAAGAAGAGACUGCCGAAGAUAUUAAAGCUGUCGAAUUCCAAAAAUUAACCAAAAUAGAAAGUGAACAGUCAGAACCUUCAAUACAAGAAGUGCAGAUAACUGAUGUUAGUACAUCUGAUUUACAAAAGGCAACAGUUGUUGAAAAAGGAGAGGCAAAAUAUAUCAGUAUUGUAUCUAGCGAAUUAAGAGUAGACGAUUUUAGUAAAUCACAAACAUCUGAAAUUGAAGAUGAAUCUAAAGAAAGGAAACCUACAAAUGAAGGACUACUGGAUGUUCAAAAAUUAACCAUAGAAGAAACUAAAAAGUUAGAACCUGUAACAGCAGAAGUUCAGAUAACAGACGUUAGUACAGCUAAUUUACAAACGGCAAUAUUUGUUGAAAAGAGAGAAGCCCAAUAUGUUAACAUUGUAUCAAGUGAAGUAAAAAUAGAUAGUACAAGUGUACUAAAAUCACAGGUAUGUGAAAUUAUCGAAACCAAACAAGACGAAAAUCAAAAGAUAGCCAGAGAUGUGGCAGGAAAAGAAAGUAAAUCUGUCAAAAUAAAAGAAAUUCCUGCCAGACUGACAGAAGAAGUUGAACUAUUCUUAAGGUCUUUGUCAAAACUUAAUAAAUUAUCCCUCGACAAGGAUCAAAAUUUAUUAUUAGCUGAAAUUUCAAAAAGAGCUUCACUUUUAUUCUCUCAGAUAGUGGAUUUAGACUUAUCAAUGCUCACAGAUUUCGAAUUAGACGUUAUAAAUCAGUACGAAGAACAGUUACAUAUAAUUACUGAAAAAAUAAGUUCUAUAACUCGUACUGAAGACGUAAACUCCUCCUAUUUCAAAGAAUGCGAAGAAAAAUUACAAGAAGUAGGCAAACGUGUUCAGAAUUUAGAACUUAUUAACGCAGGAAAUACGUUAAUCAACAUUAUCAAGAAUUUUGAAGGAAUAUUUGAGAAAACCAGCGUAAUGUUGCAAGAAACCGUCGAAACAGUAGAAGUAAAAGAAGAAAUUGAAACAAAAGAAAUUCCAUCACGUUUAAUCGAAUUGGUAGAAAAACUUUUAAUGUCGGUUUCUCGUUUACACUCAUUAGUAAAGACGGAAAACCAGAAAAUUGCUUUGAGUGAUACUAUAAAAUUACUGUCACUGCUAUUUUCAGAUAUAGCAAAUAUUGAUCAAAAAAAGUUAUCGAUCGACGAAAGAAAUUUAAUACAUAGCAUUGAAAAUAACUUCAGCGACAUAAAUGAAAAUAUGGAGUCACUACAAAACCUACAGAACAUAAAUAAAACUCAUAUCGAUGCCGUUUUAGAGAAAAUAGAAAAUGUAAUUGGAAAACCUCAAUUUACUGCAACAUCGAAUUUUGUCCUUUUAGUACGAAAUAUUUGUCAACGUCUUAAUGAACUCCAGAAGGAAGUUGCCGACGAUGCGCCCAAAACAGCCGAAUUAGUAUUAGAGGAAACGGAAGUACCUUCCGUUAAAGUGGAAGUGAAAGAAAUUCCGCAACAAUUAAGUGAACAAACUGAGUCCUUAUUAAUGACACUGCCUAAAUUGUACAGACUUUGUGUUAACGAAAAACAAAAGAUAUUAGUUGCAGACAUGAUCAAAAAUGUCUCUAACCUGUUCUCUAUGGUUGUAGACGUUGAUAUAAGAUCGUUAAAUGAAACUGAAACAAGAGCCAUCAACGAAAGCGUAAAAAUUGUGUUUGAUACAAAGAACGCUUUAAGUUUUUUAACCGACAUAAAUUCUAUGGAUAUGGCAUUGUUUGAAGAAUUUAUAAACAAAUUGGAGUUGAUAAAAGUAUCAGUUAAAGACUCUUCUAUUAUUAGCAGCAUUAUUGAAUUGCUGAUAAAAAUAUAUCAACCAUUAGCUACUCUCAAAUCAGAGGAAGUAUAUUCUGAAGUUGCUCAAGAAGAAACCACAACAGAAACGUUAAUAGAGUCGCAAGAGAUACCAACAAACUUGAGUGAAAAAAUCGAAUUGUUGCUUCGGUCUUUGCCAAAACUACAACAAAUUAACAUUAAUCAGACACAAAGGUCAAUUUUAAGCAAUACGGUAAGGCAAGUGUCUUCCUUAUUUUCUUGUGUGGUGGAUAUUGAUCUAAAGACACUUUCGCCGCAAGAAAGGGAUAUACUUCAAGUAAUAGAAUCAAAUUUAGAAGAACUUAAUAAUGUCAUUAAUUCAUUAAAGACUGCUGAAGAUGUACAGAUGUUGGAUUUAAAUAAAUUUAAGCAAACAAUAGAGAACCUGAAGAGUUCCCUACCAACCUCUAAAUUAAACGACAUUUUUAAUCAACUGGAAGUUCUAAUACAACUAUUGCAUACCGUAAGCAGUUCGGCGCUAGAGAUGGAAGCAGAAAAAUUGCAGGAAGACGUUGAACAAAAAGAUAUAGAAGUAGUAGAAGAAAAGCUGAAGGAAAUUCCUACAGCAUUAAUUGAGCAAAUAGAAAUUUUAAUGAGACGGUUGCCAAAACUUCACAACAUUGUGGUCAAUAAACGUCAAAAAGCUUCCAUAAGUGAGGGCCUUCAUAUUUUGGGUUCACUUUUUUCUAUUGUAGCUGAUAUUGAUUUGAGAGAGCUAAAUGAAGAAGAAGUGGCGGUAAUACACGAAUUUCAACAAAGAGUUGAAGUGGUCAAUAAUAUAAUACAGAAAUGUGAAAAUGUUGAAGAACUAAAAAAGGAAGAAAUAAAAUUAGAAGUUAAUGAAUUUGAAAAACAUCAGCAAAUGUUUAACGAAAUCAGAAUAAACGAAAUGAUUCAAUUGUUUAAGAGGAUUUAUAAUAUGUUGUUGGAUAUUUGUGAGACUGAAACUGAUAAAGAAAGUCCAAAACCAAUAGAAUUUGCAGAGCAAGAAGUGGAAACAAAAACUGAAAUAAUAAUUCCCGUUCAAUUAAGCGAGCAAGUAGAAAUACUGCUACGCUGUUUACCAAAAUUGCAACGCGAUCUAAACGAAAAGCAGAAGGCUCAUUUGAGUGAAAUAGUAAAACAUAUUUCUACAUUGUUUUCUACAGUUGUAGACAUAGACCUUAACACUAUAUCAGAUGCUGAAAUAUCCGUUGUUAAAGAACUAGAAGGAAUCUUGACUGAAACCAACAAAAAUUUGCAAAAAAUUGAAAGUUUAAAUGAACUCGAAAAAGACUCCUUAAAAGAGACACUUCAUCGUCUAAACGAAAUACAAGACCAUAAUAGAGACACAAAAGUAUCUGAAGUCAUAAUUGCUGUAACUCACACUUACCAAUGUCUCGAAAUUAUAUGCGACGCGUUUACUUCAACAGAGAUCAUUCCUGUAGAAGUACCAGCCACUGAAGUUGUACAGAGAGAAGUUCCUGUUGAGUUAAGCGAACAAAUUGAGGUAUUAAUGAGGUUACUUCCUAAACUACAACGUUAUAUCACUAGUGAAUGCCAGAAAUCUGAUUUGAAGGAAAUAUUUAAGGCACUAUCAAAUGUAUUUGCUACCCUGCCAGAUAUUGAUAAAAAGAUUAUAUCAGAUGACGAACGCAAUGUAAUAGAUGAGCUUGAAAGACGUCUACAACAAACCAACGUUAUCAUUGAUUCGAUGCAAACAGGAGAAAAACUGAAUUUAUUAGACUUUAGAAAAACAUUAGACGACAUUGAAGAACUUAAGCCUAAAGUAUCAGAUGUCAAAGUAACAGAAGUUGUAAAUACUUUACAAGUCUUAUAUAAAUCCUUGCAAAGUAUUUGCCACUUUGAAGAAGAAACUGUCGCUGCAACAGUUCCUACUGAGGUUGAAAUGCCAAAAACCGAAACCAUAAGCAUCCCAGAAAAUCUAAACGGCGAACUUGAACGCCUUCUCCGCUCUACUCCAAAACUACAGAAAUUUGCGAAAGAGAAGCAAACCAAAGCCAAUCUUCAAGAAGUCGCUAAAAUCAUUUCGCUUUUAUAUUCGGUAAUUGCUGAUAUUAAUUUAACAACAAUUUCUACUGAAGAUAAGGAGUUUAUAUAUUCGCUUGAAACAAUAUUCUCCGAUAUCAACGAAGCAGUCGAACACCGAUCAGACAAUGUGGAUGAUUAUCUUCAAAAAAUUGACAUGACUUUGCACAGAUUAAACACAAAGUUGAGUUCUAUUCAGGUCACCUCAUUGACAAAUGUUGUGGAAUCUUUGACCAAAUUAUACGAUAUUUUAGAGAAAACAGUAGGACUAAUGAAGAAGGAACAUGAUGAGAGAACAUUGCCAGAAAAAGUAGAAGAGAUCAUACCAAGGGACAUUGGCGAGACUUUUAAGGAAGAGGAGGAGGUAGCAAAGAGAAAAGUUGAAACGAUAAAACGAGAAGCAGAAGAUGCUGAUAUAUCUUUGUUACAUUCUCUUCGUACAUUGGAGGCAAACAUUUUGGAAAUCAAUACACAAAACUUAUCUGAAAAUCAAAGAGUAUCUUUAACGGAAAUAGAAAACUCCAUGCAUCUACUUGAGGACGCUACGAAUCAAGUGUUAACGAAAACACUAACCGAAGAAGAAAAGGAAGCUGUAGCAGUUUGCGAAAGGGCAAUACUAGAAUUAUGCCAGUUCUUGCAACAAUCCCAAGGCGACCAACCUCAAAUUGAUACAGUUAAAGUAACGGCAGAAUCAAUCAGAUUGACGAUUAUUGGAGUAAGCGAAGAAUCUGAAGUGAGGCCGUUGUUGGAACAAUUGGAGAAGACAACCAAAAACGCAAUCAAUUUGAUAGAGAAUAUACCGCAAUAUGACAAAGAGCUUGCCCUAAAAAUCUUAAAAGACUUCAGGUUCAAUAUAGAAAACGUCAUCCAGGUGCUAUCAGAAAAAGUACCUCUAAAUAUUCGAAAGAAGUGUUCCAAUGAAGUAGACGAGUUGGUCAGAUCAUCGGAAAUUUUAAGAGAUUCUUUGAAAUCAGACUCUAUUGUUAAUGGUCAGACUGUCCCGGUUAUUCACAGCGGAAACAACAUUGCAUUUCUUAUAGUCAAGUAUCUAUCUACAAUCUGGAAGAAAAAUGUAACAGAAAUCGAGAAUAAAGAAUUCAUAGAUACGCUGAGGAAUCAACUAGUUGACAUAAAGGUAGCGGAUGUCGAAGAAGUAUCGCGUGAUCUCGUCAAAAACUUGGAGACUGUCGUACUUCACGUAGAAAACCUCCUGAAAAAGUUGGAGGACGAAAUUCAAACUAAACAAUGCCGCAUUAAACAAUUCAAAAGUAAUUUACAAAAUGUAAAGAGUGACAUAAAAUUAAACGAGGGAGAAGAAAAGGCAACCAAAGCAAUAGUGACUGAUUUGAAUCGGCCUCUGAACGUAUUCAUUUUUGUUGCCAACACUUUAACCGAAAAGUUAACAGAAUUAACAGACGAGAACGAAACUCUAAUCGAAUCUAUAUCCGACAUCAUAUUAAAAUUAUAUGCCGAAUCGCAAAAAGUAAAAAGUAAUACAGAAAAAAUCAAUUUAUAUUCAAAAACACUAAAAACCAUAUUUGAAAGUAUAAAUGAAGAAUCGCUUCUUAAAGACAUGCGAGAACCUCUACAGGAUCUUAUAAUUUUUGCUGAGAAACUGGAAAAAAUACAAGAAAAAGAAACCUCUCGCAGAGAAGAGCUAUUUCAUAGGCUCUCAUCAUCCAUAGAACGUUUAAUGAAACCUUUAAGCUUAAUAAGAAUCGAAAAUGUUCAAAACAAAAGACUGUUGGUACUUACAGAAUUGCACAAACCACUGCAAGCUAUACUAUCCACGGCUUCUGAUUUAACGGAAACUAUUUCUGAUGGAACAAUACGAAAAGUUAAUGAAAUUAUCAACAUAAUUGACAACCUAGAAGGACAACUUACUAAAACGGAAGUUAACGAAAACGAAUGCGAUCAAUAUUUGCAGGAACUGAAACAAACUGUUACAGAAAUGGAGUUCGUAAACGAAGCAGAAAAAGAGGAAGAAUUAGAGGAAUCUGGCCUUUAUCAAGCGAUCGAAGAUCUUCAUACGGCGGUAGACCUUUCUCAUGUAGUUUUAGAAAAACCAGAAUUAAUUGAGACCGUGAGUGAGCUACGAUGUAUUCGUUUACCGUUGAAAAAAUUAUUAAGAUUCAUACUCACAGUUAAGCAUGAAAAGGACGAACUAAACAUCUUAUCUGGAUUUCAGAAACCACUUCUUUUGCUUCAAGAGAAACUGACUGAAUUUUGUGAUGCCAAGUUAGCAACAGACGAACAAUUAAUUUUAGAAAGAAUAGGUAAAGCCUUCGAAAGUUUGACUCAGAUUGGAGAAACAAUCGAUUCAUCAAGUAUAUGCUUAGAAGACUUUGCAGAACCUUUAGAUAGUUUGCAAUACACUAUUUUAUCUGUUUGUGGCCAGGCUGUGUUAGAAAAAGAUACUGAAAGUGAAAAUGAAUCUGUACUUCAAAAGGUAGUUGAACCCCUGGAACAAAUUCUAAAAGUGAUAAUCACAAUGAAAGACGAUCGAAGUGAAAAACAGGAGAUACUUCGACUUCUCAGUGAAAUCAAUAUGGAGACAGAAAUACUUAUUUCAGAUACGAAAGAGACCAACUACUUGGUACCAUUUGAAAAUGUAUUAAGGACAGUACGUUUGUCUACAAGCUCAAUAUUGGGAAAAUCUGAUUUAAAUACCCAAGAGUUACGCAAAAUUUUUGAAUUAUUUAAAGAAGUUGUGCCAACUGAAUCUAUUCAAGAGACUGAUGAAAUAGCUAGACACCUUCAGCGAAUUAAAAAAGCUUUAGCAGACGACCUUACGGAUCAAACCGCUUAUGCCAACAUAUUGCAACUGAUUCUCGAUUUUGUUAAAUGCCUUAAACCAGAACUGCCGCUUACUGCAAAGCCAGGAAACGUUUCUGUCACAAAGGAUACAUUAAUACAAUUAAUUAGUGCAAUAGAAGAACGUACUAAAGCUCAUCAGCUGACAGUAGACCAAGUGCCAACCAUAACGAGAGCACUAUCCCGUUUAGAAAGUCCAUUUAAAGAAUUGCUUAAUAAAUUAGAACAAACUGAAGGCUCAUACAAUACCGACGAAACAUUUUUGAAAAAUUUAAGCAAUGAACUAACUAAAUUAACGUCCCUCAUUACGGAUAUUGCUGAUACUUCCAAACCGCUGCUUAAGACAUUACUAGAAGUAGAACUCGAAGAAGUGUUGAAUGAUAUUAUUCAAACUAUUACUGCAUCACCUACAAAUAUACCAAUUAGCCAAGAACUAGAAACUAUUAAAAACGAAAUAUUAAAAUUCCAAGAAGAAAACAAAGUAUUAAAGAGCCUCACUAAGGUAAAUAUCAACACCAUAACCAAAGAACUCGUGAAACCUGUUAUAGAAGAAACAGAAAUUGAAGAAGAUAAGAUAAUUCAAAUACAAAACGUGAUUACUGAAAAGCUUGCUCAAAUUGAAAAUCUUAACUUAGAUCAAGAAAAUCAGACAGAAGCGGAUUCCAUUAAAUCACUUGUACUCAGAUUAGUUAAGGCGGUAAAUGACAUUUACACUCUCAUUCACCACCCAACACUACUUCUGAAGCAAAAACAAAAAGUGCAACGAGUCCUAUGUAAUAUAACCAAUGAAACGAAACAAUUAAAAGACUCAUUACCACAAAACCAAGAAUCAAACAAUCUAAAGCAGACCAUGGAUAUAUUACUGAGUAUGAUUGACGAAAUUCAACUAAAAAUACAAGAAUUGUGUCAAAACACCCAGCAAUUCAUUCAACAACACGAAGAAGAAAUAUUACUUGGACCAGGUAAGCAGGACUUAGAGUUACAACAAGAGGCAGUAGAACGGCCGUCUACAAGUGAAGAACACAUGCCAGCCCUAAUUUCAUUCUCAGAUGUAGAAAACCUGGAAACAUCAUUAAAAGAGCUUAACGAAAGCCUCAAUCCCAUCAAAAAUACAAACCAAGCACCAACCGCCACAAAAAAAGACGUAAAAAGCACAAUUUUAAACAUCAACUCACAACUGCAAAAACUAAUUACAAAAUUAACGUCAACCUCUAAAUUACUGCAAACAGCAAACGUGUCAGAAAUUGAAUGCGUUGAAAUAACAACGGCUGUGACCGCACUAAAAAGUGCAAUCACGAAGCUUUCUAUAAUUGCGGCAGCAACAGAAUCCGCUAAAACACUACAACAGCCUCUUAAGUCGCUGCAAAUUUCAUUGGCAAUUCUCGAGGAAAGCAUGAAUGAAAAACCGGCCGAAGGCAAGAAACAAAAAGAGACAGUCGAUACCUCUACAGGACUCAAACAACCGCUGAUUAGCCUACAAAUGAAAGUGGAAUCCCUUAAAGGUGUAGUUAGCGAAGUCACAUUGAAGGCUCCCGAACAAGGCCAAAUCGACUUUAAAGCCCUGGAGGCGCCUCUGGGUGAACUGGAAACUGCGCUGGCACAGGUAGAAAAGAUCGACGAAUCUACGAAGGUAUCCGAGGCUGAUAAAGAGAAGAUUGUAAAAAUCAAACCCCAAUUGGAAGAGCUGAAUACAGUCUUGACGAGCUUCACCGAGGCAGCGCAAACCGCUACUGUUUCCGAUGUAGAAAAAGCAAAAGCGCAAACUGCUUUGUCGGCGUUGAAGGGUGCAAUUGAGAAAGUGUCUGUAAUAGCGCCGGAAUUAAAAUCCGCUAAAUUCCUAGAACAACCUCUCAAGUCUCUGCAGGCUUCAUUGACAAUUCUCGAGGAAAGCAUGAAAGAGAAACCGGUUGAAGACAUGAAACCAAAUGAGGGAACUGAUACCGCUAAAGGACUCAAACAACCGCUAAUCAGUCUGAAAACGAAUGUGGAAUCCCUUAAAGGUGUGGUUAGCGAAGUCACAAUGAAGGCUCCCGAACAAGGCCAAAUCGACUUUAAAGCCCUGGAGGCGCCUCUGGUUGAACUGGAAACUGCGCUGGCAGAAGUAGAAAAGAUCGACGAAUCUACGAAAGUAUCCAAGGCUGAGAAAGAGAAGAUUGUAAAAAUCAAACCCCAAUUGGAAGAGCUGAACACAGUCUUGACGAGCUUCACCGAGGCAGCGCAAACAGCUACUGUUUCCGAUGUAGAAAAAGCGAAAGCGCAAACUGCUUUGUCGGCGUUGAAAGGUGCAAUUGAGAAAGUGUCGGUUAUAGCGCCGGAAUUAAAAUCCGCUAAAUUCCUAGAACAACCUCUCAAGUCUCUGCAGGCUUCAUUGACAAUUCUCGAGGAAAGCAUGAAAGAGAAACCGGUCGAAGACAAGAAACCAAAAGAGGAAACUGAUACCGCCAAAGGACUCAAACAACCUCUAAUCAGUCUGAAAACGAAUGUGGAAUCCUUGAAAGGUGUGGUUAGCGAAAUCACAAUGAAGGCUCCCGAACAAGGCCAAAUCGACUUUAAAGCCCUGCAGGCGCCUCUGGUUGAACUGGAAACUGCGCUAGAAGAAGUAGAAAAGAUCGACGAAUCUACGAAGGUAUCCAAGGCUGAGAAAGAGAAGAUUGUAAAAAUCAAACCCCAAUUGGAAGAGCUAAAUACAGUCUUGACAAGCUUCACCGAGGCAGCGCAAACAGCUACUGUUUCCGAUGUAGAAAAAGCGAAAGCGCAAACUGCUUUGUCGGCGUUGAAGGGUGCAAUUGAGAAAGUGUCGGUAAUAGCGCCGGAAUUAAAAUCCGCUAAAUUCCUAGAACAACCUCUCAAGUCUCUGCAGGCUUCAUUGACAAUUCUCGAGGAAAGCAUGAAAGAGAAACCGGUCGAAGAAAAGAAACCAAAGGAGGUAACUGAUACCGCCAAAGGACUCAAACAACCUCUAAUCAGUCUGAAAACGAAUGUGGAAUCCCUUAAAGGUGUGGUUAGCGAAGUCACAAUGAAGGCUCCCGAACAAGGCCAAAUCGACUUUAAAGCCCUGGAGGCGCCUCUGGCUGAACUGGAAACUGCGCUGGCAGAAGUAGAAAAGAUCGACGAAUCUACGAAGGUAUCCAAGGCUGAGAAAGAGAAGAUUGUAAAAAUCAAACCCCAAUUGGAAGAGCUGAAUACAGUCUUGACGAGCUUCACCGAGGCAGCGCAAACAGCUACUGUUUCCGAUGUAGAAAAAGCGAAAGCGCAAACUGCUUUGUCGGCGUUGAAGGGUGCAAUUGAGAAAGUGUUGGUAGCAGCGCCAGAAUGCAGAUCCGCUAUAUUCCUGGAACAGCCUUUGAAGGCUAUGAUAGCUUCGCUUGCAAUUAUUGAGGAGAAUCUAUUAGCCGGGCCAGUCGAUGAGAUAGAAUCCACGAAGGAAGUUGAGAAUGCUUUGAAACGUUUUAGUGGCGCAGUGCUUCGGCUGAAGAAGAAUAUUUCCGAAGAGCGUGAAGGAGACGCUGACGUAGGCGGUCGUUUUUGUGAACCACUUUUAUCAUCAUUAUUUGAAAUAGAUUCUUUAUUGAGAGAAGAUAUGGCGGUAAAACGGAUUGUACUCGGUGUAUUCAAGGAGCAAUCUUUAAGUGUUCAUGAAUUGCUAUAUAAUUUGCAUGACUUAAGUAAAUCGUUCUCGGAAUUAGGGCAACUUUUGGAAGGUGCUCGUAUAUCCGGAGUUGAACGCUUAAGGGUUGGAUUAUCGGCGCUAGUGAAUGCUACUGAUUCCAUGGUAAAGAUUUCUUCGGCGUGUUCAUCCCUUAAGAGUCUAUGUAUUCCACUAAAAUCGUUGAGUUUUGCUUCUUCCGAGGUUAUUGAUAGCAUAAAGAGUACGAAGAAAAAGGUGGAGGGACGUCAACGUGAUUUGGAGAUCAGUAAAUUAAUGGAGACUCUGUUAUCAUUCUGUGAAGAUGUUGUUGCUGUGAAAAAAGAUCUAUGGAAGCUUCAGGAACGUUUACCGGAAAUUGUAUCACUAGAUUUAUUGAAAACUCCUUUAACUUACUUAGAAGCAGAGUUGAUGGGUGUGGUAAACGUUAUCAGGGAGGGCAACUUUUGUGAAGUUUCUGAAACAAAAUUAGCAAACGGUCACUCAACCGUAUGUGCCCUAGCCAAAUCAUUAAGAGUGGUAACGGAAUUAACGCGUACUAGAAUCUCAGAAAAAUGUAAUUAUAAGGAAAUCAACGAAGCGUUAGUUGAAUUGAGGAACAACACUGAGAAUGUAACGACAUUAAGUGAAAUUAAAGAGCUCAAGUCUCUCUGCCAACCACUGAAUGACUUAAAGAAUUCCCUUACCAACGUCAUUAAUAUUUUUGAAAAAGCUGAACAUCAAGAAACGAGAAGAAAAGAACUUAAAAGUCAUCUUCUAAGUUUAUGUGAAUCAGCAAACGUUUUAGAAAAGAAUAUAAUUAUGUGUAAUAGAAAAUAUUCUCUUAAUAAGCUUCAAAAGGGUUUAGAAAAUUAUCAAAAUAUCAUAAAAGAAAUUGAAGUAAUAUUUGCAUUAGAUAUUUAUGAUGAUGAAAAGAAAUUCUCAAAGUUAUGCAAAGACAUUGAUAAUGUCAGCGAAACAUUCAAAUUAUCAAGUAAAAAGAUUAAACCCGAAGAUGCUUCUGAUAAACUUCUAUUAAAGAUUUACGAGGUUUUGGACGAGGUAGGUAAUGUGACAGAACAGUUUAGUAAAAUCUCUGAAGUCAAAGAGAUAGCACCUCUUGAUAAAUUUACAAGUUCAUUGGGGCAAUCCGUAAAGGAAACUCGUGAUGACUUGAAAAAUGUCGAAGAAGAUAAGUGGAAAUUGGAUUCCUUGAAACAAUUACAAAAUGCUGUGAAAGAUCUUAACACAAAAUCGUCAACUUUCACCAAGACAUUAAGCGAACACGAUAAGUCAAAGAAUAUUAUUGUCAAUGCAUUUAAAAGUCUUAAGCAAACAUUAAAAGUCCUUGCGGAUGCUGAAUCUACAAUUACAAAAUUGGGGAUUAAAGAUUUCAAGUGGAAUAAGGAAGAUAAGGAAAAUUUUUCGACCAUUACAACCGAAAUUAACAAACUGGAGCUCUUUUUUGAAUUUGCCAACAACGUUAUUACUAAAUCUAAACUUUCAGAGAAAAUAAGAGUUGAUAUCGAAUGUAAACUCGAUCUUGUCGAAGAGUCCAUUAAAUUGUUGAGUUCAGUUGUUCAAAAACCAGAAUUAGCCUGUAUUGAAAAACUUCUGGAUUGUCUCAGAUCUGCUAUUCCGACAAUUAAAGAAUUUAUUCGAAAACCUGACGAAAAAGAUGAAACAGAAAAUCAGGAAAUAAGAAGAAAGAAACUUGCAGAACAUCUUCUAAGUUUAUGUGACUCGACAAAAGCCUUAGAAGAAUGUAUGACUAAAAUGAAAGUGGUUUAUCCGCUUGACAAACUUCAAAAAGGAUUAGAAAGCUAUCAAAGUGCUCUAAAAGGGAUUGAGAUAACAGCUUCUUCGAAUAUUUGCUCUGAUGAGAAGAAAUUCUCAAAGUUAUGCAAAGACAUUGAUAAUGUCAGCGAAACAUUCAAAUUAUCAAGUAAAAAGAUUAAACCCGAAGAUGCUUCUGAUAAACUUCUAUUAAAGAUUUACGAGGUUUUGGACGAGGUAGGUAAUGUGACAGAACAGUUUAGUAAAAUCUCUGAAGUCAAAGAGAUAGCACCUCUUGAUAAAUGUACAACCUCAUUGGGGCAAUCCGUAAAGGAAACUCGUGAUGACUUGAAAAAUGUCGAAGAAGAUAAGUGGAAAUUGGAUUCCUUGAAACAAUUACAAAAUGCUGUGAAAGAUCUUAACACAAAAUCGUCAACUUUCACCAAGACAUUAAGCGAACACGAUAAGUCAAAGAAUAUUAUUGUCAAUGCAUUUAAAAGUCUUAAGCAAACAUUAAAAGUCCUUGCGGAUGCUGAAUCUACAAUUACAAAAUUGGGGAUUAAAGAUUUCAAGUGGAAUAAGGAAGAUAAGGAAAAUUUUUCGACCAUUACAUCCGAAAUUAAUAAACUGGAGCUCUUUUUUGAAUUUGCCAACAACGUUAUUACUAAAUCUAAUCUUUCGGAGAAAAUAAGAGUUGAUAUCGAAAGUAAACUCGAUCUUGUCGAAGAGUCCAUUAAAUUGUUGAGUUCGGUUGUUCAAAAACCAGAAUUAGCCUGUAUUGAAAAACUUCUGGAUUGUCUCAGAUCUGCUAUUCCGACAAUUAAAGAAUUUAUUCGAAAACCUGACGAAAAAGAUGAAACAGAAAAUCAGGAAAUAAGAAGAAAGAAACUUGCAGAACAUCUUCUAAGUUUAUGUGACUCGACAAAAGCCUUAGAAGAAUGUAUGACUAAAAUGAAAGUGGUUUAUCCGCUUGACAAACUUCAAAAAGGAUUAGAAAGCUAUCAAAGUGCUCUAAAAGGGAUUGAGAUAACAGCUUCUUCGAAUAUUUGCUCUGAUGAGAAGAAAUUCUCAAAGUUAUGCAAAGACAUUGAUAAUGUCAGCGAAACAUUCAAAUUAUCAAGUAAAAAGAUUAAACCCGAAGAUGCUUCUGAUAAACUUCUAUUAAAGAUUUACGAGGUUUUGGACGAGGUAGGUAAUGUGACAGAACAGUUUAGUAAAAUCUCUGAAGUCAAAGAGAUAGCACCUCUUGAUAAAUGUACAACCUCAUUGGGGCAAUCUGUAAAGAUAACUCGUGAUGACUUGAAAAAAGUCGAGGAAGAUAUGUGGAAAUUGGAUUCGUUGAAACAAUUACAAAAUGCAGUGAAAAAUCUAAAAGCGAAAUCCUCAACCUUCAGCAAGACAUUAACCGAACACGAUAAGUCAAAUAGUAUUAUUGUUAAUGCAUUUAAAAUUCUUAAGCAAACAUUAAAAGUCCUUGCGGAUGCUGAAUCUACAAUUACAAAAUUGGGAAUUAAAGAUUUCAAGUGGAAUAAAGAAGAUAAGGUAAAUUUUUCGACCAUUACAUCCGAACUUAACAAACUGGAGCUCUUUUUUGAAUUUUCCAACAACGUUAUUACUAAAUCUAAACUUUCGGAGAAAAUAAGAGUUGAUAUCAAAUGUAAACUUGAUCUUGUUGAAGAGUCAAUUAAAUUGUUAAGUUCAGUUAUUCAAAAACAAGAAUUAAUGUGUAUUAAAAUGUUCCUGGAAUCUCUUCAUUCAGCAAUAGCAACCAUUAAUGAAACUAUUAAAAAGCCGACUGAGAAAGAAGAAACACAAGACAAUGCAACUAAGAAGCUUAUUUCUCAGCUAACGAAUGAUGUAAAUAAUUGUCUAAAACACUUAAGUUUAACAAAAUUAUUUGUUUGUUUAAAAGAUCCCCUUGAAGAAUUUCUGAAUUCUCUAAAAAAAGUUCAAGCACUUGAUUCACGAGUUAUUGAUACUACAGAAAACAAAUCGAAUGUUAAUAAGUUCAAUAACGAUUUAAAAGAAUUGAGCAGCGCAUUUGAAUCUAUUCAGAAACUCAUUGAGCCUGGCAGUGCGACAGUGGAUCUUCAACAUAGUAUUCAGAAGAACUUUGGGCGUUUAAAAGUUCAUUUGGAAAAUUCAGCGUCUGUUAUCACGGUCUUGAGGAAUUUUAAAGAAAUGAAGAAACCUAUUACUGAUCUUGCAGCUUCAGUAUCUACAGUAAUUGGAAAUUCAGAACGAAUUUUAGAAAUAUCAUCCGCCUUGUCGCAAUCACUGGAAAUUUUAAUAAACAAAAAUAAAAGUGUUAAGAAAACACUUUCUUCAACGCCUUCUUUUAAAUUUAAAGAACUUAUCGAACCUCUAACAGAGCUAGAAACAUUAGAUUUAAAACGGAUUAACGAAAAUAGUUUGAACUUGCUAAAUAUAAGCAAAGAAACUGUUACAAAAACUAUCACAAAAAUACACAAUCUAGCACAAAAUGUAGAUGAAUUAAACGAAUUUAUUAAAAGCUUCGAUAAGACUCAUUCUCCUAAGUUAUGGAAGGAUGAAAAGUUUGAAAAUAUAAGAAGUUCCAUUACAAAAUUAAUAGAAGCACUGCCCGAUGUAAAUGCUAUUAGUUUCAUCGAAGUUCCACUACAUUCACUUGACACCGUGAUUUCCAAUAUCGAAAGAGAAAUAUUAAUGACAAAAGAAAUGUCGAAGGAAGAAGAAGCAAGCAAAGAAACUGUUCGAAGGUUAAUAAGUAUGAUUUCCAAACUGGAGAUAGAACUGAAUGGUUUCAAAACAUCCGUAAAUUUGACCAAAGUAACCGUUUUACAAAAACAUCUAAGGGAACCUUUGAAUGAUGUAGUGAGAAUUUUGAAAGAAAUUGCAGGAUCGGAAAAUGAGUUACACGCAGCAAUAUCUAAGAAUAAACCCCUUAUUGGAGAAAUAAUUGAAAAUAUUACAAAACUCACAGAAAGUGUGCAAGUAGCUAAUUCCGAAAUUAAAUCAUUUAAAGCCGACAAAGUAAGUCGUUCUAAUAUGAAAUUCCUCCAAAAUUUACAGAGUUGUCUUCAAGACACUAGUACAAUUUUGUCUAAACUAACGGUUUUCGAUUCGCUAGUCAAAGCUCAGAAAGUUCUAUCCAAUGCAAUAAAACGGAUACAGGAUGAACCAACGAAGAAACCUACAAAAGAUGAAGACAGCGAAAAAUUACUUCCGCUCAAACAAUGUUUAGAAAUGUGGCAGUCUGAAACAGAAGCGUUUUGUAACACAAUUCGCAAACUUAAAUCUCCCCAGUUUGAACUUGAUUUGUUAAUAAAAAGUUUAGAAGAACCUGUUGGACAGCUCCAAAUUGGAAUCAAAACAGUCACUGACCAUAUGCAAAAUAUAAACGUACUGAAAAGAGAAGAUAUAACGAAAAUAAAGAAAUUAGUUGACAAUAUUAAAUUUGCAGUAGAGGACGUGAUCUCUUCUACGAGUUGUACUAACUCCAUCGUCAGUACUAUGAAUUCAUAUCAGGUCAAAACACAAGAAUUGCUAUCUCCUUUCGAGGAAAUGAGUUCAGUUAUCCAAAAUUUAAAUAACGCAUUAUUAAAUAUAAACCUAUUUAAAAACGUUACUGAACUUCAAGCAAAACUGGUCAGUUCAAUUGAUAAUGUUUUAACCAAUUUGAGGCAAUCCGAAGUUAAAGAGACUGCACCUGAUGACACUUAUCAGAUUCCAAAAGAAGAAACAUCAACAGAGGCUGACACCGAAAUUCAAAUGCACAAAACUGCCGAUGAAGAUGGGAGUCAUGCCCAAAAGGAAGAAAGACCUGUCGAUAUGUAUAAAAGCAAUGUAGUUUUGAUUGAGGAUGUGCAACAUGGUCCAAAACUUCACGCUCAAAAACCAAUAUUUGUUAGUCCUUUGAAUAACAGAAAUGUUGCAUCGGGAACUAGGAUCAAAUUAACAUGUAGUGUCCUUUCAUCUGAGCCGUUUGAAUUAGAAUGGUGCAAAAAUGGUGAAACCGUUUCUAACAACAGCAAUUACAACAUAGAAUAUGAUGAUGGAAUCGCCUCGCUAGAAAUCCUUAAUGCUACAACUGCAGACACAGGAGAAUUUUCCUGUACGGCUAAAAACUAUCACGGAUUUUCCGUUACUAAGUCAAACGUUACAGUUUAUGAUACCGCCGAAUCUUCCUCUGUAUUAACAUUCACACGACCCAUCAAGUAUCAAUAUAAAAUUUCCCAAGAUGAGCUCAUUCUUGAAUGCAAACUUAGAGGAAGACCGGCUCCGAAAAUAACAUGGUUCAAAGGGGGCAAAGAAAUAAAAGAUAACGAGAAAUAUAAACAGCAAUAUUUAGCAGACGGGAUCUGUAGGUUGACUAUUAGGCACCCAGAGCAAGACGAUAACGAUUUAUACUCGUGUAACGCCGAAAACUCCUACUGGAAUGAGCAAAUAUCUUACGAACUGGAAUUCAGCGGCAGAGAAGAUUAUUUCAGUAAGAAGAUGCAACACCUAGAAGUUCCGCAACGCUAUAGAGACACGAAGAAACCGCAUUUCAAUACGGCCAUGACAGAUAGCAUUGUUCCCGCCGGUGGAACUUUAGCUCUACAAGUUGCAGUAAAAGGAACCCCUAAGGAUGUCCUCUGGUAUAAGGGAAGUCGAAUGUUACCGAAAACUUCAGCCAGACACAGAACUUUUGCCGAAUCAGGAGUUCACACUCUCACAUUUUCUAAUGCCCUAGAAACAGAUGUAGGAAAGUACACUUGCAGAAUAUUCAACGCAUAUGGCAAGGACGAUAUCUCUGCCUACGUUCAUGUGGUACAUCCGGGUUCGAUCAGAAAUGGAAAACCUGCCAUGUUUCUAUCAAGGCCCGAUAAAUAUUUGACGGUCGCUUCGGGGGAAGAUAUCGUAGUUUCGUUUCGAGUUACGGGAGACCCAAAACCAAGAGUUACGUGGAUGAAAGGUCUCAAAGACAUCACCAACAGUUAUAGAAGUUUGAAAGAAACCUCUGAUGAUUACGUUCGAUUUACGUUCAAAAGGGCCACGAUGGACGAUCAAGGAACCUAUUGUAUAAUGGCUAAAAAUUGUUACGGUUGCGACAGGGCAUUCUUCACCGUGCGCUUCAGGGAGAGGGCUAGAUCAGCUACCCCUACCCUUGAUAGCUUGGAAAAUAUUCUCUCAGACAUCACCGACUCCUACAAAAUGAGACAAUUGCGAGAAACUCCCGGACCUCCCGGAGAACCAUUCGUAACCGACACGGGAAGAAAUUGGAUUUCUUUAACAUGGAGCAAGCCUGAACCGAGAGGAGCAGCCCCCGUGUUAGCGUACAAAGUAGAAGCAUGGCAGAAGGGUGGAGAUGGAGCUAGAUGGGUAGAACUGGGGGUUACUCCAAUUAACAGCUUUGAUGCUUUCAAUUUAAAAGUGAGCGGAGAGUAUCAGUUCAGAGUAACACCAAGAAAUAGAUACGGAUGGGGAGAAUCUGUUAUAAGUGCACCAAUCCUGAUAGGGAAAUCGGUAAAAUUACCGGAAUUCAUGGUGGUAUUACCAGGACAAGUAAAAGCACUACAAGGAUCUGAUACCGUCUUGUCAUGCGAGGUUAAUGGAGAACCGUUCCCUGACAUACAUUGGUACAAAGAUGGCAACGAAAUAUUGGCAGACCUAAAUGAACGUUACCAAAUAACCGAAACAAAUGGAACUUGCAAUUUAAUCAUUUCUGAUUUGAAAAAUGAAGAUUCGGGCCGCUACAUUUGCGAAGCAAGCAAUAGGAUCGGUAGGGUGUCCACAUUCGCUCGUCUUUCAGUUGUUGACGAUCCUAAACUCAUUGAAGCAGACGAUCAUUUAAAACUAGCUCUUCAAGACACGGACUUGGCAGUUAAAAGUUCUCCUCAGUUUACAAUGAGACUUCGAGACAGAAGGGUUCAAAUAACUUACCCUGUACGUCUCACUUGUCAAGUGAUUGGACUGCCGUUCCCAACAGUAACCUGGACGAAAAACGGGGAAGAAGUUCAUGAAGAUAGUUGUCACAAAUUUUAUGAAGAGGACCACUUUAUAACACUAGAAAUAACUAGAACAUCAUUGGAAGAUGCAGGGGAAUAUCGAGUUGUUGCCAAGAACCAGUACGGAUCUGUAUCGUGCGGGGCAUCCCUAAUAGUAGAUAAGGGAAUAAGGGCGUACAUUGCGCCAGAAUUUUUCUGUGUUCUAGAACCAGAAGAAGUAGCCGUUGAAGUCGGAAAGGAGCUUCGUCUAAAUGGAAAAAUUGAAGCUUAUCCCAAUGUCAGCGUAUUGUGGUUAAGAAAUGGGGUUCGACUUAGACCAUCGCGUAAUGUUAUCAUGACGCUUUCCCCGGAUGGCAGGGUGGAAUUAACAGUAGCAAAAGUUACAGUAAAAGAUGGUGGUGUGUAUACAUGUGUUGCUAUGAAUGAAGUUGGAAGAGCAGAGUCAAAAUCCAAAGUUGUAAUUGUCAAAAAAUCACCCGAAGUGGAAACGGAAGCAAAUAUUGUAGAAGAACCGGAAUCUACCACACCGUACUCCAAAGAGCCGAAGUUUUUGAAAAAACCCCUCGCAACGGAAGCAUACGAAGGAGAUGACGUAGUGAUUUUGUGUGAAGUUAUUGGCGAUCCCAAACCAGAAGUUUAUUGGCUGAGAGAUUUCUUGAAGCCGGGUUAUUAUAGAGACGCACCCCAUUUCCACAUAGUGGGCAAUGGUCCAGAAUAUCGACUAGAAAUUCCCCAAGUUAAACUAGAUUUUACCGGAACAUACACGGUCUUGGCCAAAAAUUGUCACGGAGACACCAAAGCAAUUAUUUCCUUACAAAUUUUCGCAAGAGAUAUAAAUGGCGACAAAAACGGUAUGGACAGAAGAAUUAGCAAUUUACAAACCAUUCCAAAGAUAACAGGAGAACUAAAAAAUAUUCGAUGCUGUGACGGGGAUGAAAUUACUUUUGAGUGUCAAGUAGAAGCCUCACAUCCCCCAGAUAUAAGAUGGGAAAAGAACGGAAAGCUGAUUGUACUAGGAGGUGAUUUCUCAACCGAAUUUGAAGGUAAAACAGCGAAAUUAAAAAUUAAACAAGUGUAUCCCGAAGACGAGGGUGAAUAUACUUGCGUAGCUUACAACGAAUUGGGAAAAGCUUAUACCUCCGCCUGUUUAGUAGUCGAUGUCCCAGAAGAACGUAAAGCCAUGCUCACUCAGACCUUAAAUCGCCCAUCCGAAAUAUUUUCUACUGAAUCAACCCCUCGCUCCACACCCCGAACAACCCCUGUCCGUAGCGUAUCUCCCCGACCUCGCCAAAGAACAACCCCUACUUCAUCUUCCCCAAGAAUACGAAGAAUGAGAGCGAUCGCUCCAAAGUUCUACGCCGUUCCCCACAACAGGGUAGCAGAACAGGGCGAAACUGUCAGAUUCCAAUGCGCCAUUGGAGGACAUCCUGACCCGUGGGUAACGUGGGAAAAAGACGGAAUCACUGUCACACCGUCUUCCAGGAUUUCCAUAAAAGAACAGGAAGACCUAAAAAUUUUGGAAAUUGCGGAAGUUACAAGAGAAGAUGCAGGACUUUACAGAGUUGUGGUGGAAAAUAAUGUUGGAAAAAUUGAAGCUAGGGCCAGACUGGAUGUCAUAGCACAUAGGGAAGCAUACGCAAGAGGUGUCAGAGCUUAUAGUGCUUCUCCAAGACCAGCACCCGUCUACUCGAGAAGAUUAAAUGACACCUUGUCCAGGAUUGGGAGCUAUGCCAGGUUUUCCUGUGAAGUCCGGAAUGUAUAUAUACCACAUAUAAGAUGGUACAAAGACGGCAUUCCCGUAGAAGAUUCUCCAAAACACCAAAUCACAUGGAACGAAAACCAAGCAUCUCUAGAAGUCAAAGACGUUAUAAAGGCAGAUGGAGGGACAUACACGUGUAUCGCCGAAAAUGAAAGCGGUUGCGCAGUGACCUCUGCCAAGUUAAAUGUAACGGAAGCGGAAGUUGUUUCUUCCAUUCAUUACGAGCCUCCCCAAAUAAUCCAAGAACUACCGGCCGUCAGAGAAACAGUUGAAGGUUUAGCGGUAUGUUUAAGAACUAAAGUGACCGGAACGAAACCUUUCGAUGUGAUAUGGAUGAAAGACGGAUGCGUACUUCCGGAUUGUGACGAUUUUCAACAGAAAGAAAACGACGACGGAACUCUGGAAUUGUUUAUCAAUGACACGUUCGAACAGGACAGCGGACAAUACAUGUGCGAAGUUUUUAAUGCGUAUGGAGAUACGAGAACGAAGUGCAAAUUAAUUGUGAACGAAAAUUCUCCACAAACAUCUGCAUUAGAAUUUAAGAAAAUUCCAAAUCCAGUAUUAAUAAAUGUAGGAGGAGAAGCUACUUUCUGUGUUCGAAUAGCCACCGAUGGAAAUCAGAAACCAAUAAUCAGAUGGGAAAUCAAAGGAAUUCCUGUAACUCCUUCAGACAGAAUAACGGUGGAAGAGCUAGACGACAUCAGUAUCCUGCAUAUCUCGGGUGUGACACAUGAGGAAGCGGGUCCCGUCUCUUGUCUUUCUUGCCUGCCUCCGACUAAUGUAUCGAAAGACAACAACAAAAGCAGCAGCAGUACAACUCAUUUGACCGCGGACCGCGCCGCGAACGACAUCGGUGAGCCGUCAUUGCCGCGAAAUAAAACCGAAAUCGGUGAAGACGAUACUGUAAAAAGUUCGAAACGCUGGAUCCGUUGUUGUGUCGAUCUGUCGGUAGUUCCGGAUGUGCACGUUUUCGACGACAAUCGUCUUUAUUGUUACUCAGGUGAUGAGAAUGUCCGUGAAAUAGAGAGUGAUACUGCUAUAAUGGGUAAAAGGAGUGUCAGAGAGAUGGAAGAGCCGGCUAUGAUACUCGAAGGGCCUGAAGAUGUUACUGCCCUUGUCGGAGACCGAAUCCUUCUCAAGGCCACGUAUAUGGGCAAACCGGAACCGCGAGUCAAAUGGAGCAGAGCGGGCAAAGAGUUGAAAAACGAUAAGAGAACAUGCAUCACAUGCAGCAACGGUGCUUCUUGCCUUUUAUUACAAAAUAUCAUUGCAGAUGAUAGUGGAAAAUAUGAGAUUGUCGUGGAAAACACUUCUGGUGCAGAUAGCCAGUAUUCGUCCGUAUCAGUAGAAGGUUGUCCUGAUCCUCCUAGUGGAAAACCGUCCGUUUCCGUUCUCUCAAAGAGUUCCGUUUCUGUCGCUUGGAGCAGUUCGCCAUACGAUGGGGGUAGAAUUGUAGAAGGUUUUGCAGUAGAAUAUACCUCUGGAGACAGCAAAAACUGGAUUACUGCUGUUAAAAAUUGCCAUUCCCUUAGCUACGUGGUGCAGGGUCUUCAGCCCAAUACCAAAUAUUUAUUCAGAGUUCGUGCCAUCAACAUCCACGGUGCCAGUUCUCCAAGUCUGGAAUCUGACAUUGUACGAACUAUGGACGAAGAUGAUUCGUUCACGUUUGAACCUCAGGAAGUUUCUUUGGAACCCGGUUCGGAAUUCAAAAAUCGUUACGAAGUUUUGGAAGAAUUGGGUAAAGGACGAUACGGCAUUGUUCAUAAAGUAACCGAGAAAUCGACAGGUCACAAAUAUGCCGCCAAAUUCAUAAGAUGUCGUACGUCGAAAGAUAGGGAGAAGGUCCAAGAAGAAAUCAACAUUAUGAACCAACUCAGACACAAAAAGUUGCUUCAACUCAAGUCUGCAUUUGAAAAUCCACGAGAAACGAUUAUGGUCACCGAAUACAUAUCGGGCGGUGAAUUGUUUGAACGUGUGGUGGCGGACGACUUCACAUUGACUGAAAAAGACUGUAUAUUAUUCAUGCGCCAAAUUUGUGAAGGUGCAUCCUACAUGCAUAGCCAAAACAUAGUCCAUUUGGAUUUGAAACCUGAAAACAUCAUGUGUCAUACUAGAACUUCUCACGAAAUUAAAAUAAUCGAUUUCGGACUUGCCCAGAAACUGGAUCCUAACAACCCCGUUCGUGUCCUCUUUGGUACCCCAGAAUUUAUACCACCAGAAAUCAUUAAUUAUGAACCCAUUGGUGUCGAGUCAGAUAUGUGGUCAGUAGGCGUCAUAUGCUACGUUUUAUUGUCAGGACUGUCACCGUUCAUGGGCGACAAUGAUGCUGAAACAUUUGCGAAUAUAACACGAGCAGAGUUCGAUUUUGACGAAGAAGCGUUCGAAGCUAUUUCGCAAAAUGCGCAGGACUUUAUCAGUGCUUUGCUCGUCAAAAGAAAAGAAAAUAGAAUGUCAGCGGAAAGUUGUCUGAAACACAAAUGGUUAGAUCCCACCUCUCACCAAAACACCACUGUCCUCUCUACCGACAAACUCAAGAAGUUUAUUAUACGAAGAAAAUGGCAGAAAACAGGCAAUGCCAUCCGAGCUGUCGGCAGAAUGGCGACACUUUCGGCCAGCAGGAAGAACUUGAGCCCCAACAGAACCAGAUCUCCCACUUCCGCAAUUUUAGGAAAAAUGUUGAGCGUAAGUGAGGAUGAGAGCGACACCAACACCACGACAACUCUGUCUCGAACCAAUGCCUUUGAUGAAUCUCCAUUACGUAUCGAUAUUUUAGCAUUGAACGAAACAGAGAAAGACACAAACAAUGCAUUCCCGUUGGAAGAGAACAACAAUUAUGACAAAAUUGAAAAAGACGUUGGAAAAUCAUUAACCGAAAUCGUUAUUAGCAAAGAUGGAUCUAAACACUCAAAAAGCUUUUGCGAAAGGAGUGAUAGCGGGAUAAGCGAUUGUUCCGGGGGAUCAGUCCCGACUUCCUGUUCCUGUUCUUCCACUCCUUUGCUAGGGAAAAAAUUUCGCAUUAGCGAGGAACCGGCAGAAUUUAAUGAUAACAACAAUAGAAACUUGGAAAAAGAUGAUGAAAGAGUUAUCGAAAGUGAGUUUGUUUUGGACGAAAACAAAAACAGUAAACCGUCCGUAAUUGUGUCUAAUUCGGUGAAUCAAAAUCAUUCAUUGAAUGUUCGAUUCUCUGAUAGAGACAGCAAUGCGAAAACUGAACACGAUUUUUAUUCGAAAAAGAAUAUAAACAAUAAUGAUAAUGGAGAUAAAGCUUUGAAUUCUACACGAACAAAACAUUGCAGAAAUACUUCAAGUGAUUCUGAAAACGGAAGGUCACCUUCUUCGAAAAACUGCAUAAAACCUACGAUCAUUCCAAACAGAGCAACAUCAGUUGCAAAUGUAAUAAGAAAAUUCGACCAUCCCGAUUUAUCCCCCCCAAAAUCCCAACACAUAUCACGCAGACCAUGUAGAUUACCCCCAUUACCAACCAACAGGCCCCCAAAAAAUUUCCUCAAAUCCCCGUCAAAGUCUCCCGCGAAAUCUGUUACUAGUAACGCGUUAGAACCUCAACAAAAUCAGGACGUGAGUCCCGCUAAAUUUCGACUCCCUUCGCCAUCAGUUUUACGUAAAACUCAAGCAGUUAUUGCAAAAGAACUUUCAAAUGAAUAUUACGUCGCAAAGAAAUGUUCUUCGUUACCCUCCUCGCCCAUUCCCCGAAGGAAAUUGCAACAGCAGUCGGAAAAAAUGUCAAAUAAUUCGUCUUCUCCCGCGAUGUCUCGCAGAGAACACGACCUGGUCAAGCACAGACGAGAAAAUUUCCAAAAAGCUGCGGCUUUUUGGAACGAACGUGUUUCGUAAAAAAUUUGAAUUCGAUUAUUUAUCAAACCAAACCAAAAUAGUGCCUUAUGACAUGUAAUAAUUGUUUUCUAGUUUUAGCUCAGGUUUGUUAUUAAUUUAUAAAGUAAGAAAACGUCACGGUUUUGUUUGAUGACAACAAUAUUAUGAACUGUUAAUAUAGCCCCCAAAAAUACUUAUUACUUAUGUAAAAUUGUAAAUUAAGAAAAGAUGAAUAAAUUAUUUAUUUAAAAA